UAGGCUCUUUGCAGGACUUAGUCACGUGCUUGGUUACCACAUAGCAACGCAUUGCUGGUGAGCAAGCAAACCAGCGUCCCGCUCAUUGUACUGUACAAGAAUUGAUCAACUCAAGCGAAGCGAACUUUGACUUUUUGGUCGAAAAUAUCCCAAAAGCUAGUUGUAAAAGAACAAACGAGAUUUAUUGUGACUUCAGUUUCACUGGACUUGAAGUUCGCCUGAUUUACCUUUGCUCUGGGAGUAAAAGCCAGGCGAAAGCUCAAAUAUAAGACAAGAUAUGGCCGAUCCUUCGGGAACGAGUGACGAACCUGUCAAGAAGAAAAAACGAGGUUCUGCGUUGCAUUGUUGUGUUCCACAAUGUAACAAUGACUCCCGUUACAACAGCUCGUUGUCUUUUCAUCGUUUUCCUAAGAAAGACGAUCAACUCAGAGCAAACUGGAUCGUAAAAAUUAGACGAGACAUUGGUGACAACUUUAAGCUCACUGAAGGCACCAGGGUUUGCUCUGCACAUUUUGCAGAGGAAGAUUUUCUGCCCCCUGACCGGGCUGGUCGACGGAAUUUGAAAAAAGAUUCUGUCCCGUCUGUCUUCAAUUGGUCAGCUAGAACGACCCAAAGAAGAAAGAUUGUAAGACAUGUUGAAAGGUAAUAAUAUCAAUUGCAGACAGAACGCAUUGACAUAUGGGUAUAGUAAUAACAGUAAUAGUU